UCUGGUCAGUCGAAAAGCGAAGUUUGAACGAAACGGACGCAGAAAGACGCAUUUGGAAAGGGUAUUGUCCAUUAUCCCCGUGUUUUGGUUUUGGUGUUGUUUUUGCCGGCGUUUUGGCAGCAGUGGAAUAAACCAAGCACACCAGCAAGGAAAACAUAAAACAAAUUAAGCAAAUAGAAGUGACCGAAAAGGAAAACCGGUUGCCAAUCAAGUGGCAAACAAAACACGUCAUUUUUUGCCGAUCUAGCAACAGCACCAGCAAGUUUGGGCUCAAGGACGUCGCCGGAGCAGCGGAAUCGUAUCGCAUCGUAUCGGAUCGAAGGAGCAGCAGUUCCAGGAGCACAAGGAGCAGGAGGAGCAGGAGCACCAUGUCGGAGCGCAGGAGUCACAUACAGAUGGGGCCACCGCCACCGCCCCCCAAGCCAAACAAAUCGCAGACAGCCAAUGGAAAUGGAAAUGGCAACGGCAACGGGGUCCUACCGAAUGGCAAUAAAAACUAUGGCAAAAUUGUCGCAGGCCAAGACCAGGAGCCGCUGGCUCAGAACUCGAGCGGCGUUCAGAGGAGCCAGUCGCCACCACGCACAGAACAGGUCGUUAUGACGCCCCGGGGAAAGACGGCCAACAGCACGGUGAUCCUCAUCGAACGGAAGCUGAUCGACGAGAUCAACGACCGGGUGCACGUGGCUGGCGGUGACCACACUGGGAUCAUCAUCAACAAGGACACUGUAGCCGGACAGAAGAGCGCCAGCAAGGCGGCCGCCCUUUCGCUGGAGUUCCGGGUCUUCCUGGUCAGCGCCAAUACGGGCAAGCACUCGCAGGAGUCGCGCACGUUGAGGUUCUGGUUCCGCGACUGGCUGACCAACGACGAGAAGCAGGCCCACAUCGCCCAGGACUUCUUCAAGGAGCUGGUCAGUCCGCAGGACUUUCCCAGAGACUAUGUGGGAUUCAUCAAGAAGAUAAUGAAGCUGCUGCAGCACGGAUACUCGGAGAUCCAGUCCAUCGAGAUUGAAUUACGCAUCCUGGAGCAGACCUCCGCACCUCCCUCGCGACCACCCCGGGAUGGGUACAUCAUCUACUGCUACGGCGACUGCAACCGGAAGUUCGAGGAGGCGCUGAUGGCGCAGCGGAAGACAGUUUCCCUCGAGGAAUCCCAGUUCGAAUCUCCACCGUUGACCCAGGAGAAGGUGCUGGAGCUCAUCGAACAGGCAUAUCCCAAUCCCGUGUCCCCCGAGGAUCUGGCCAAGGACUAUGGCUGGAGUGAGCAGGAUGUCCUGCUGGUGAUCCAGUCGCUGCAGGAGCGCGGCCUGAUCAAGUCGAUGGAGUACAACGCGUACACCCGCAUCCACCACGAGGACAAGGAGAUCAAGGUGGUCAAGCAGAUGCCCACGAUCGCUUCCAACAAGCAGCCCACCAUCGCCAUCAUCACGGCCCAGUAUUGCGAGAAGCUCGCCGUGGACGCGAUGCUCGAGAACAAGGAGACAUUCGUCCGAUACACCACAGUCGAUUCCGAUCCCAAUCUAACGAACUCACUCAGAAAGUCCAAAAAGAAACGAAGAUUCGGCGAAUCGAACGUGUAUACCCUGGGCAACAUCGGGGCGCACAGGAUCGUGAGCACCAAGCUGCCGUCGGUGGGCAACAACCGGGAGGCGAUGACGGCGACGGGCAACACCACCACCCGGCUGUUGGGCACAUUCCAGAAGGUCGACUUCGUCUUCAUCGUGGGCGUGGCCGGGGGCGUGCCCCACUACACGGACUACAAGAAGCACGUCCGGCUGGGCGACGUGGUCAUCUCGUAUGUGGACAAGCAGCGGGCCCUGAUCAGCAAUAGCAAGGAGAAACCCUAUGUGUACUUGUACAAGAGCGGCGAGGACGUGAAGACCUACUUCCCGGUGAACGACUCGCUGCAGCAGAUCGCGGAGAGCCUGCAGGCCAACAUGCAGGUGAAGCGGCCGUGGGAGGACUACCUGAACCAGGCCCAGCAGGCGCUGGCCCAGAAGACGGACGCGGACUUCAACCGGCCGGACGCGAAGACGGACAAGCUGUUCAUGAACAUCGGCAACAACGAGGUGAUCGAGGUGGCCCACCCCAUUGCCGCCGACGAGGUGGACGGGGUCACCCGAAUGCGCCUCCACCUGGGUCCGAUUGGAUCCGGCAGAGAUUUGGUGAGGAGCGACGAUCUGCGCACCCAGUUCGCCCGGAAGUACGGCCUCCUGGCCACCGAUGUGGAGAUGAGCAGUGUGCUGGACAGCAUCAUCGGCAAUUGCCGGGAGAGCUUCAUCCUGGUGAAGGGCAUUGCCGACUACAAGGACGGCACCUCCACCCGGAAGUGGCAGAAUUUCGCGGCCAUUUCCGCGGCGUCGGUGGUCAAGUCGGUCAUCUGCGGCAUGGACGCGCCCACGAAUGUCUAGGGGGCGGGGUCGCUAGUCGCGAGUCCCGAUCUCCUCCAUUCCCUUCCCCGCAAUCCUAGCAUUUGAUUUGUCCUUUUUUUCCGGGGGGCUGGGCUUUGGGACCACCCUUCGUAAACCAAAAUGUGCAUAGAUUGCAUCGUAUAUAAUGUAUGUUCGCGUAAUAUUGUAUUAAAUGAUUUCUUGUUAUUUAUUUUGUUAUAACUUUUGUACUACAACCAAUCUAAUUUACACACAAACACAUGACGUAUAUAAACACAUAUAUACAGCAGUAAAUAAAUAACGCAACUAAGCUUGCAAAAACUAAA